GAACUUGCCUCAAAUUUCAACUCAAGUCCAAAUCCUUUGCAAAGAAUCGAAACAUGGCUUUGGUUGGAGAGGCUUUUCUCUCUGCUUCCGUGCAGGUGCUCUGCGAGAAGAUUGGUUCUCGUGAGUUCAGGGACUUGUUCCGGGGAAAGAAACUGGACGAGUCGCUUGUAAAGAAACUGAAGAUAACGCUGUUGAGCCUCAAUUAUGUGCUUAAUGACGCGGAGGAGAAGCAGUUCACGAACACUUACGUCAAAAAGUGGCUUGAUGAGCUUCAAGAUGCUGUCUUUGAUGCGGAUAACCUUCUGGAUGAGAUCAAUGCUGAAGUUCUGCGAUGCAAGGUGGAAGCUGAAUAUCGAACCGUCAAAACUCAGGUGUGGAACUUCUUCUCUACUUCUCUUAAUCCUUUUUAUCAAGGCAUGAAUGGUAGGAUUCAAGAGUUGUUUGAUAGAUUAGAACACCUCGCAAAACAAAAGGAUGUGCUUGGCCUGAGAGAAGGUGUUGUUGGGGGGAAGGUUUCUCAAAGAACUCCAACAACUUCCUUGGUGGAUGAAUCUUGUGUGUACGGUAGGGAUGGAGAUAAAGAAAAGCUGAUGAACCUCUUGUUAUCUGAUGAAGCAAGCAACAAGGAUGUAUCUGUCAUCACCAUAGUGGGAAUGGGCGGGGUUGGCAAGACAACCCUCGCUCAGCUCCUUUAUAAUGAUGACAAAGUGAAAGAGCAUUUUAAUCUUAGAACUUGGGCUUAUGUUUCGGAAGAUUUCGAUGUUACUAGGGUAACUAAAACUCUACUUGAGUCAGUCAGUUCAAAAGCUUACGAUAAUAAAGACCUGAGUUUUCUUCAAGUUGAGCUAGGACAACAAAUAAAGGGCAAGAAAUUUUUAUUUGUGUUGGAUGACCUUUGGAAUGAGAACUAUGGUGAUUUGAGUGUCUUGCAACGUCCUUUUGCAUCCGGGGCAAGUGGAAGUUGGGUCAUUGUGACAACACGUAAUGAAAGUGUGGCAGCUUGCAUACGCACCAUUCCGAUUCACUUUUUGGAACAGCUGUCCGAUGAGGAUUGUUGGUUGUUACUUUCAAAACAUGCCUUUGAAAAUGGAAACUCGAGUGCGCGUCUGGACCUAGAAGAAGUUGGUAAGAAAAUUGCUUCUAAGUGCAAUGGUUUACCUUUAGCUUUCACAAUGCAUGAUCUCAUCAAUGACUUAGCUAUGUCUGUGGCUAGGGAAUCCUGUUUGAGAUGGGAAGGGGGUGAAUCACAUGAAGUUUUGAAAAGAGUUCGGCAUUUGUCGUAUGCUAGAGGGGAAUUUGAUUGUGCUGCGAAAUUUGAACCAUUAUAUGAGGUUAAGAAUUUGCGAACCUUCGUACCUCUAAGUUCACACCUAUAUUCGCAUAAUGUAAUUAAUAAAAGGGUUUUACAUGAGUUAGUGCCAAAUUUAACAUGUUUACGGGUGCUAAAAUUGUCAGAAUAUGAUAAUAUUGUUGAGUUACCCAAUUCUAUUGGUAACCUCAUUCAUCUGCGCUACUUGGAUCUCUCUUAUACUGCAAUCAAAAGGUUGCCUGCCACAAGUUGCACUCUCUAUAGUUUACAAACAUUACUAUUGGUAGGUUGUUGGUCUCUUUUUGAAUUGCCUAUAGAUAUGAGAAAAUUGAUUAACUUGAGGCAUCUUGAUUGUAGUGGAACUCAAAUCAAAGAGAUGCCGGUGCAAAUGGGUAGACUAAAAAGUUUGAGAACAUUGACUACUUUUGUUGUGGGGAAAUUUACUGGGUCGACUAUUGGCGAAUUGGGGGAGUUGUCCCAUCUUGGAGGAAAACUUUCAAUUUUGAAGCUUAAUAAUGUGGUUGAUGGUAGGGAUGCCUUGCAAGCUAAUUUGAAGAACAAAAAAGAUCUCAAGGAGUUGGAGUUGGCAUGGGGCUCCAAAGAUGCCGAUCAUUCCGUGAAAGUGAGAGAUGUACUUGAGAACCUCCAACCUUGCAUGAAUUUGGAGAAAUUGACCGUCAAACUUUAUGGCGGGACCAGCUUCCCAAACUGGUUGGGAGACUCUGCCUUCAAUAAAAUAAAAAUUAUGCGCCUCGAAAAUUGUCAUUAUUGUUUUUCGUUGCCGCCGCUUGGACAGCUAUCCGCUCUUAAGGAGCUCUUCAUAUGUGAGAUGAAAUUUCUUAGAACGUUAGGUCCUGAGUUGUAUGGUCAGCCAUUGCAGCCAUUUCAAUCGCUGGAGAGGUUGGAGUUUGAGGAGAUGGCAGAGUGGGAAGAAUGGGUAUCAAGUGGAAGUGUUGGUCCAGACUUUCCUCGUCUCCAGAAGUUAAUUCUAGAAAAGUGUCCGAAACUGAGAGGAAGCUUGCCUUGUGAUCUACCUUGCUUGAAAAAGCUUCGCGUGAAAGGGUGUGGGGUUUUACAAGAUCAAAGGGCCAGUGUUACUACUAGUACUAGUACUAGUCUCAACUACAAUUGUCUUGAAGAAUUGGAAAUAGAAGAUGGAUGCCAAACAGGUCUGUUAUCAUUACUAGAGACAAAGCUCCUGUCCUACCUUCACAUUCAACAUUUUAAUGACAUACAGUGCUUGCCCAACAUCAAUCGUCUUGAAAGUUUGAGUCUCUCGAAUUGUCCAACCCUAUCGUCGUUCCCUGAAGAUGGCCUACCCACUUCGUUGACUUCACUUGACAUAUACAGCUGUAGGAGAUUAGAAUUCCUACCUCAUGAGAUGUUGGCCAACCAAUUAACAUCGCUCAACUUUUUGCGGAUAGAGAAUAGCUGUGAUUCAAUGAGGUCCUUCCCCUUGGGCAUUUUUCCCAAAUUGACGACACUUAUUUUUAGGAAUUGUGAGAAUCUGGAAUCACUUUGCUUGAUUGAAGACGAAGGAGCGGUUGAGAAUCUCAGUCAUCUCAAUGAGUUAAAUAUCAAAGGCUGUCCAAAUUUGGUGUGUUUUCCCCAGGGUGGAUUGCCCACUCCCAACCUGAUGUCACUUGAAGUUGAGAUAUGCGAGAAGUUGAAGUCAUUACCUGAACGCAUUCACACCUUCACAGCCCUUGAAAGAUUGUGGAUAAGGAAUCUUCAAAAUCUGGAGUCAAUUGCAGAAGAUGGGGGUUUGCCUCCCAACCUCCAACAUUUUAGGAUUGAGAAUUGUGAGAGACUGAGGGCUUCAUCUUCAUCAGUGGGAGACUACUGUAAUUGGGGUUUGCAAGCACUUGUCUCCCUUAAAUACCUUAAUAUUAGUGGCAGGGGAAGUGAUGAAAUCUUGGAGACGUUGCUCAAGCAACAGCUGCUCCCUACCACUCUUCACACUCUCAGGAUCUCUUCAUUAUCAACUCUGAAAUCUUUGGAUGGAAAGGGACUUGCACACCUUACUUUUCUUCGAAGUCUAUCUAUUACUGCGUGUAAAAGUUUGGAAUUCCUACCAGGAGAGGCCCUUCAACACCUCACUUCUCUUCAAGAGCUAUAUAUUUCCAGUUGUCCGAUUCUCCAGUUCCUGCCAGAAGAAGGUCUACCGCCAUCUCUUUCUUUUCUGUACAUCUCCAAUUGUUCUGGCCUGGAGAAAAGGUAUCAGAAUAAAAUGGGACAAGAUCAUUGGGACAACAUAUCUCACAUUCCUUGCAUCCGGAUAAAUGAUGAAGUCAUCAUAUGUUGAUAUGACCUCUCUCUCUCUCUCUCACAUAGAGACAAACAAACUCAGGUUAGACUUGAGAAACUUUCCCAUGUUUGGAGGUCAAAGCAACUUGUGUAGGCAACCAUUGUAUAUGGAUUUUUGUUUUUCUACAAACAAAUUGCAGCAAAUAAGGGGAAGGAAAUGUUCUCAAGGUGGAGCUCUAGCAAGAGACCACCAUUUGGACAAUGCGGUAAACAGAUCUCAAUCUAACAUAACAAGCAUCACUGCCCAUUCAUGAUUAGAGUGGGAGGAAUGAAGACCAGAAGGCCGGUGUCCAGAUUUUCCUCAUCUCAAGGACCUGACUUUAGACAAGAGUCUGAAGCUAAGAGGAAGCUUGCCUUCUCAUCUUACUUGCUUGAAAGACUGAGCUUGUCGUCCAGGUGUGGAGUUCUACAUGAUGAAAGGGCCAGUACUACUCGUAACAUGGAAUAAUGUCUUGAAGAAUUAGAAAUAUAUGAUGGAUGACGAGGUCUGUUCUUGUUACUAGAGGCAAAGUUCCUGUUUGUGCUCCUAUUUGAUACGAUGCCAUUUCCAAUUCAAAAACUUUUCAGGUAUGUUAAGAAAGUAUUACACAACUAGACGUUUACGCCUUCUCAUCUGAUUUACUCAUUUGCCAUAGUGGGGAGGAAUGAUGACCAGAAGGCCCGUGUCCAGGCUUUCCUCAUCUCAAGGAGAUGACUUUAGACAAGUGUCUGAAGCUAAGAGGAAGAACGACCCUAUCAUCUUCCAACAAACUCAAGAACACUGCAUGCUAUGAUUUGUUGAAGUUGAAGAUUUCGAGAGAAUGAAAGCUGUAGCAGAAAACAUAGGGCUGAGAUCUCUCCAAGGUGAUUGUGGAGAGGUUUGCCAAUUGACCUUAGUGAAAUAGAAAAAGAAAAAGUUUGGUUUUUGAUAUUUGAAUGUAGGCACCUUUAUAUUCUUAGCACUAGACCGUUCCUCCGAACCAUCCCCACAAACAACCCCCAAAAAAUGAAAAGACCAAUCUCGUAGUUACCAUAAUAUGCCAUUCAUCAGAAAUUUGAGAAUUCACAGGGUCCCUUGAACUCACUUCUCUUCAACAGAUACAUAUUUAUGGCUGUCUGAGUCUCCAAUUCCUGCCACAAGACUUUCUUUUCUGAGCAUCUCCAGUUGUUCUGCCCUGGAGUAAAGGUAUGAGAAUAAUAGGGGAGAAGAUUGGGCUAAGAUAUCUCACAUUCCUUGCAUCUUCAUAGGCCAAGAAGUGAUCAUAUGAGGAUAUGAGCUCGUUAUCGAACAAAGUUUUUGCUUUUCGACAUUUCACUCUCAAGUCAAAGUCAGGCGCAUGCCAUCAAGAGCAUCUUGUUGAGCUGAGGUAUGCACGGGAAGUGAAAGCACUCAAGUAAACAUCCAUAUUAAAAAGCUAUUAGAGAAAGCAGGCUUUUCAAAAUUUGAUCUGUAACAGAGUGGGAGAAAUGAAAUGAAGAUAAGGCUUGUCUGUGUUCUUCUCUGCGCCUUUAACUUCUGAAGUACUCUUAAAUUACUUGCUCAAAAUGGAACAACAGCAAUAGUUCAUUAGCAUUUUCUUUUUCUGUAAAAAAGAAUCUUGCCUUGAAUUGCAAAUUUGAUCUUAUUGGUAUUAAACUUGAUAAAUUCUGAUAAUUCUGUCACUUUGUUUCUCACUGGGGCUGGUGGUUUUGUCUGUCUAGUCUCAAAUGCUGAGUUAUUAGUCAGUCUGCACGAUAACAUGCCUUCUCAUAAACAGUUCUCAUUUGCAGGUUUCUUUCAUGUCACUGCCUGAGGAGAGUUUACUGUUGUAUAUAGAUUUUUGUUUUUCUACAAACAAAUUGUGGCAAACAAAGGGGAAAGAAAUCUUCUCCAGGUGGCGCUCUAGCAACAGACCAGCAUUUGGACAAUGUGGUGAAGACGUCAUUUAUGAUUAGAUAAUCUUUCAAAAUAAAAUUCCUUUCUGUAGGUAAUAACUUGUAAACGUCAUUUAUGAAUUUAAUUUGAGAUGGAUGAAAAUGUAUACACAUACUUGUUGGUUGGAAAUUAGUUUUCAGAAGCUACAUGAGUUGGGGAUCACUAGAGAAAUUAGUUUGUUCAUAUUCUAAGAUGAAUCUAAUGAUCCAAUUCUUAAUGUCUUGAACUUAGGAGUAUCUUAUUGAGCUGAGAUAUGCAUGAAAGUGGAAAGCAAUCGAGUUGAAAUCCUCAUUGUAUAGCUAUUAGACUUGGCUUUUCAAAAUCUGAUGAGGGCCAAAAGUAUGAGAAAACACGUGAAGGUAGAAUGACCUUAUCAUCUUCCAACAAACUCAAGAAAUGCAUGCUCUGAUGAGUUGAAGUUGAAGAUUUUGAGAAAGAAUGAAAGCUGUAGCAGAAAACAUGGGGCUGAGAUCUCUCCAAAGUGAUUGUGGAGAGGUUUGCCAAUUGACCUUAGUGAAAUCAAAAAAGAAAAAUAGUUCAUUUGUGUUUGCGGCCUUCAUUUGAUCUGACCACAUGGAAAAGCUCUCUUUGUGUUGAUGAAGAAUUCUUCAUCUCAAACAAGAUAAGCUGAUGUUACACCCUGGGGGGCACGUCUUCGUUAGGGUUUCUUGCAAGAAAACUUUAUCGGAUGAUUAUGAAGUUGUUGAAAGUUACUUUCUAUGUAAUGCCAUAUGCAGCCAAGUUGUUGAAAGAUUAUAGCUUUGUCUAUGAAUCCUUCAAGGACAGCCAGUUUGAUACUGAUUGUUGUUUCCAACAAAAGCAUUGUCUCUACACAUUAUAGCUUAUUCGUCGAAUGUUACAUAUAUUCAAUGUUUCCAUACAUUUCAAGAAUUUUGACAAGCAAACGGUCAUUGAAGUU